AUGACUCGUGUGGAUGGAAUCUUCGUCUCGAACGCUGGGACAGUACUAUUUUGCUCUGGGGAACGCAUCAGUUUGACUUUUGUGAUCACCAGCAAAUGUGAGCACUCGCACAUCUGCGGCCUGAGGCUGAACGAGAACCUCAAUGCGGCCCCCGAGCGGGCAGGGGCUGGUGGGGCAGGUGGAGGCGCGCAAGGCCGCAGAGUGGUCGUUCUCAUCAUCGAGCAGGGCAGGAUCGCGGGCCGCGCCGUCCCCAUCGCGGGCCAGCCCGGCACGGGGAAGGCCGCCAUCGCCAUGGGUAUGGCCCAGGCCCUCGCCUCAGAGACGCUCUUCACCAAGAUCGCCGUCAGCGAGAUCUUCUCGCUCAAGAUGUCCAAGACCGAGACCCUCACGCAGGCCCUGGGGAAGAGCAUCGGCGUUAGAAUUAAGGAGGAAAUAGAGCAUAUUGAAGGCGAGGUUGUGGAGAUUCAAAUUGAUAUGCCGCUCCCGAGGUCGUCAGCUGCACGGAUGGCGAAGAGUGGCAAGCUUACGUUGAAGAACACGGAGAUAGAGAGGGUGUAUGACUUGGGUACCAAGAUGAUUGACUCGUUGCGGAAGGAGACAGUUACAAGUUUUGAUGCCAUUACUAUUGAUAUGGCAACGGGAAAUAUAUCAAAGCUCAGGCGAGUUGCAGCGACGGAAAGAGGUUCUGCACGUUUGUUAGCAUUAUUCGCUGGUGACACUGGUGAGAUUAAAUCGGGGGUGAGGGAGCAGAUCGACGUCAAGGUUGCGGAGAGGAGGGAAGAGGAGAAAGCGAAAAUUGUGCAGGGCGUUCUUUUCAUUGACGUGGUGCAUAUGCUUGAUAUUGACUGCUUUUCCUUAAUGAACAGAGCUCUCGAGUCAGACCUCGCCCCAGUCCUUGUGGUGGCGUCGAACCGCGGAAUCACUCGUAUCAGGGGGACCACAUACAAGUCGCCACAUGGCAUUCCGCUGGACUUGUUGGAUAGGUUGCUUAUUACUACCAAACCAUUCAACGAGAACGACAUUCGAAAGAUCUUGCAGCUACGCAGCGAAGACGUGGAGAUCAUAGAGAACGGACUAAACCUUCUCACGUGUAUAGAUCUGGAUACCUCUCUGAGAUACGCCAUGUAUCUAAUCACCUCUUCAGGACUCGUUUGGUCGAAAAGAAAGAGGAUAUAG